UGAUGAUCGAAUAAUGGGCCUCAUUUUGCCUCUCUACUGAUUGUAGCAUUUUUAUAAAUGACGACUUGAAAAAAUUCAAAAAAUUUACGAGAACGUUUAGAGGAAUUUAAUAGUCUGGUUAACACCUUUGCUCGUAAUUUCUAUUGUAAUUUUAGUACAAAUUCUACACGUUUCUCGCUGAUUUCGACAUUACACAGGGAAAUGACAUAACUUCAAUCGAUUUUUGACGGAAAUAAACUCAGCAAAUAUCAGAUAUCUGUGUAAUUUAUUGUUUUGUCUUCUAUAAAAAUUCAGAGGCAUAAAUUUUGCAAUUCUCCUUCUGCAAAAAACAUGCAGCAGAAGAAUUUUGCAAUCUUAAACCCGAUAAUACCAGUUUAAAAAAAUCUUGAGAGUGAUUUAUUCAGAGGAACGAAAAGAACUGUCGACUAAAAAAACAUCAAACAUUGAUAAACAAUGGUAAAAAAAAAUUCCUAUAUAAUUUUUUUUAUUGUUUUGUAUUGUUUUCGCACGUACAAACACAAUUGCGUAACUCUGACAAAAAAAAUUCUAUCCACUCGUUGAAUGUUCCGCAGAAGUAAAUUCAUCUUCCCAAGCCAUCACCAUCAGCCCAUACAACCCAUUAAUUCUGUACCAUCCUAACUACACUAGUGAAGGUCAUGUCACUGAUUGCGUUACCCGGUACCACGGACUCCAAUCCCCAACAAUAAAAACCUCAAUCAAGCGUGCAACCCCACAAAUUCCUCGCGGAAAAAAAUCUUAAACAGUGAGGUAAUGUACAGCCAGCAGAUGCACAUAAAUAAACAUAUCAAGGAAAUUUAUAGCUGUCCUCGAUGCCACACGGUCCGGAGAAAUUUCUUCCCGGUGAAAUUGCACACACGGUAGCCUCGUUAAUCCGCACGAUUUUGACCUCAUUAGGAAGUUGAGAUUGAAAAUCCCGAGGAGUUGAUAUUUUUUUAUUUCGUAACGAGAUGGCACAAUGCCAAAAGACAGUAAUAGCGCUGUAAUUAUCGCGUGUUAAAAAUGUCGACAGAACAUGAAAAAUGAUUUACUGGAGAUAUUCAUAAAUAUUUCAACGCUCUUAUUGGACUUUUACUUAGUUUGAUAUUUCUAUGGUGGUAUACGGCAUGUAUACAAUACCCAUUGGCACUAAGGUGUGUUAUCAUUCCCUCUAACAUUUUUUAAAAUUACGGUUUACUCCAUUUACUUAUUUUAUGAGGAAAGAAAACUCAGAAAGUGCACAUAAUUUCAAAAUCGCUGUUAAGGAACUUCUAUAAAAAAUAUUUCAAUAAAAAACGUUGCAUAAAACAAAUUGUACUUAUUUUUUUUCUAAACAGGUGCUCAUAAAGAUCUUGUGAUUAAAAGCCCCCAACACACGGGUGGAAUGCAUCAAUAAAAGUGGUGAACGGCUAAUAGAAUAUUCACUGGAGGUUCAAUUUUCUAAUGAAUACGCUACAAUUUUUCCGUGAAAUUAUUUUGCGCGUGAUAGCUUCCGCGCCAAAUGUUACAGGCCGUGUGAUUAGUAGGUUUUGGCCAAUUACUUUCCUCCGGUAGAGCACGCGGGACUUUAACAACGGAAGGAACAAAAUAAUAAAAAGAAAUCUUUCCACAACUUGCACGUUGAAUGUGGACUGUAGUGCCUCAACCUCUCUCUCGAGAUCAGCUCUGCAUCUAUUCGCUUCUGUCGUUAUAUCAAUUGAUUAUAUGUUAUCAAGAGCAUUUAAACUGGAGUGUGUGCUUUGAAGGGUGCAAUUUGAUAAAAUCCCAAUGAGAUGAGUGCCAUACGACGAGGAAGGGAUAAAUAACAGAAGAGAGAUGACUUCAAGGAAGUUAAAACAUCGGAGCGCAACACCUUGGUCUAUUGAACCUGAUGGAGAGGACAAGGAUUUCAACUAUGAUGAUUCCCUGGAGGAUUACAGACAUUAUGCAGGGGAUUUUGGGAGAAAACAUAAUUUUUCCCCACAAUACCACUUUCACGGAUACAAUGAAAUUCGUAUGACAAACGUAAUGCCGCUGCUGGUGUCAAUGACCCUGUUGGGACUUCAGGAGUACUCAGCCCAGAGCCCAAACCUCCUGGAGCAGAUUUCCCAAGAGCUGGAGCCCCCCCAAAUACCGGAAGGUGGAUAUAGAGUAUCUUCUUCCAGUUUUCUCAGUCCCGAGAUUCUCAACUCCAUGAGAUCGGGUAGAUUCAGUGAAUCGCAACACAGUGCCUCUUAUGGUAAUACUAAUGGUAACGAUUUUACAUUCGUCGAGCCAAGUCUCAGCUUCGAACCACCAGGUAAUUCAAUUCCUAUGGAGGAUAAACCUGGUCCAUCGAUGGAGCUUGUCUAUGCGUGGAGAACAGUUGACUUCGAAUUCGAGAGUGAAGCAGCACGAGAGCGUGCAAUAUUCGAGGGCAAUUACAUCCCAGAGAAUAAUUUACCACUCGGUUUGGAGUUCUGGCACGAUAGGGUCUUUGUUACACUGCCAAAGUGGAGAAGUGGAGUGCCAGCUACACUCACCACUGCCCCGAGGUACUCUAAGGAUAGAAGCCCGAAAUUGAGACCCUAUCCGAGCUGGGGAUGGCAUCAUCAAGAUUCAUGUGGAGGCAUGACAUCAGUGUUCCGUGUCCAAGUAGACGAGUGUGACCGGCUCUGGGUCUUGGACUCCGGUACAGUGAAUCUCACCGCGGAUCCAAAGCAGAUCUGUCCCCCCGCGAUCUUCCUCUUCGACCUGCGAACAGACCGCCUCCUCCGACGUUACCAGAUCCCCGAGGACCAAGUGAAGCAGGACUCCUUGUGGUCGAACAUAGUCGUGGACGUCAGAGACGGCAACUGUAACUCAGCGACAGCCUAUUUAUCAGAUGUGUGGCGAUUCGCAAUGAUAGUCUACCACUUUUCGAAUGACACGUCCUUCCGGAUUCAGCAUCACUUCUUCCUCCCGGAUCCCCUGUCAGCGCGCUAUGAACUCCACGGAAUCCAGUUCCAGUGGAUGGACGGCGUUCUGGGGCUCGCCCUGAGCCCUUUGGACAUCAACAACGAUCGUACCCUCUUCUUCCAUCCCAUGUCGAGCUUCCGAGAAUUCGCCGUCUCCACCUCCGUCCUAACUGAUAAGGACACAGCUGAGACGAGUCCCGAGAGCUUUAUGCCAGUGGGCAAGCCUCGAGCGAAGGACUACGGUCACUCCUCAGGAUCAGCUAUAGACAAACACGGAGUAAUGUUCAUUAAUAUGGUGACCAGGGACUCGGUCUGGUGCUGGGACACCAGGAAAGAGCAUAUUCCGCAGAAUCUGGGAGUCAUCGGUGUUAGCAAUGAGUCCCUCGUCUUUCCGAACGAUCUCAGGGUCGAUCACGAGGACCGGCAGAGCUUCUGGACCAUCUCCAAUAGACUACCCAUGUACCUUUAUGGUCCCUGGAACCCUCAUGACAUCAACUUCCGGGUCUACAGGGGGUAUGUUGAUGAAGCUGUCAGAAAUACCGUGUGCGAUCCCAAUUACAUCGUUCCGGAGUCCGAGCAUGGGUACGACGAAACAUGCUGAUAGACGCCACUCUUUCCAGAACUAUUUUUUUAUUGUAAACGUGUACAUGCAGUUUUUUACAGUGUUUUUGUAUUGAUUUAGGGUAGACUUUGUUAUUGAUGUAAAUUUUGAAUUUAUUAAUUCAAAAAUAGAGGUAGGUUUUUAUGUUUGUUUUAAUAAAUGAGUAAAUUAUGUAAA